GAUGUUUUUCUGGUUUAUUUUUCCUCAAUUUUGUCAGUUUCCAAACAGCUGCGGUCGGAAAAUCGUUGUGAAAAUUUAUUAAAAUAAACGAGGGAGGGAGGGCGCAAAACAAUAAUAUAUAGAGUGCGUGUAAUUUAUAAUAUAUAUCUAUAAAAACGCAAUAAAUAUAAAAGUGCUAACCUGUGCAUAACAAAAGAAAAGAAAAAAAGAAAAGUCAAGUCUUAUAAUCGGAAUUUUCCUUUGUGGCGUUGUUAGAUUUUAUAAAAGUUUAAAUAAUCCUAGUGUUCUAUGUGUAACGAAGUGCGUGGACUGUCAAUCGCGAUGAUGGAAGAGUUAGCUGAGGAAGUACAGCUCCGUUUUCCGGGAGAAAAAGUUCAUAUGCAUCUACUAAUAACUAUUUACUACGCAGCCAGAUCAGAUCAUGCCAAACGUCUGCUGGCUGCUACCAAUGAUAUUCACAACAGGGAUUUAGUCAAUUAUUUAGUAAAUUUGAAAUUCGAUGCGGUCGAUGGCCAAUCCGUCACACCUCUCACCAUGGCCGCCAUGAUGGGCAAUGUGACGUUUGUAAAAACACUACUCACCCAAUAUGACAUCGAUUUGGAGCGUGAAUGUAAUGUCGUCUUCGAUGGUCUAUUGGUUUAUGGCGCCACUGCGCUCUGGGUUGCCGCUGGCAUGGGUCAUAUGCAGGUGGUGAAGAUGUUGGUGCAACGCGGCGCUGAUGUUAAUCACAAUACAAAGGCGCAAUCAUCACCGCUGCGCGCUGCAUGUUAUGAAGGUCGUCUGGAUAUUGUUAAAUAUCUAAUUGAACAUGGUGCCGAUGUGAAUUUGGCCAACACCUACAAUAAUACCUCGAUUAUGAUAGCCGCCUACAAAGGACACGCCCAUGUAGUGGACACACUGCUAAAGAAUGGCGCUAAUCCGAAUGAGCAGGCGCUUUGUGGCGCCACGGCAUUGCAUUAUGCCGCUGAGUGUGGCCACUUGGAGGUGUGUCGCCUGCUGCUCGAACAUGGUGCACGCAUGCAAAAGAACGAACACGGACUGACACCCGUACUGCAAGCUGCCGAACGUACACAUGAAGCGGUAGUGGAAAUGUUUAUAUCACGUCCGGGACUAAUGACGAAAGAGGAGAUUAUAACCGCUAUCGAAUUAAUGGGCGCCUCAUUUGCCAAUGAUAAGGAUAACUAUAGUGUAACAAAAGCUUACCAACACAUGAUGCGUGCAAUGGAAAUGCGCUACUCAGAUGAGCAGAAGGUGAUACGUAAGCGUGUUAUGGCCCCAGUGCCCGCCUAUGAUGAUUGGUUUGAAACUGAGAAUAUACCAGAACUGCAGGCUAUACGACUGAAUCAUCAUUCGAUACAUAUGGAGGCAUUAACGAUACGCGAGCGUAUUUUAGGCAAACACUAUCCCGACUUGCCGCAACCGAUUGUCUAUCGUGGCGCAGUGAUGGCCGAUCAAGGACGUUUUGCACAGUGUCAAAUAUUGUGGAAUUAUGCCAUCGAUCUGCGUAUGAUCAACAAUGUUUCUGUCGAACGCGAUUUGCUACGUUUCGCACAACUGUUCUCACAAAUCCUACGUUUGGAGGAACAAACUUUGGAUCUUUCAAUUGUGUUAUCUGUAUUGGUUAAGUGUCAGCAAGAAAUCGAGAAUAAUAAAUAUAAAAUAGUGAAUCCAGGACCGAAGGAUGUGCCGCAAUUGUUAGCGGAUCAAAAUGAACAAAAUGUCAUCACUGCCCUCUACCUCAUCAAGAUUAUAACGAAACUCUUAGCACACACCAAUAUCGAUAUACAACGACAACAAAUCGAGCAAUUAUACUCAACCAUAUUGAAAUUCAUCAAAUGUGAUACGCGUUUAGCGGAUGGACAGACCCUGUUACAUUUGGCUGUUAAUGGCGUAACGGCUGUGGACGAUUUCUAUACAAGUGAUAUUUGCCGCUUUCCUUGCUAUCGCACCGCUUUGCUGUUGGUACAUGUUGGCGCAUCUGUUACGGCUGUGGAUCGUGAACGCAAUACACCGUUGCAUACGCUUAUAUCCAGCAUGCAAUAUCCGCGCGACAAUCCACAUGUCUUGGCACAAGGCGGAAAGAUUAUAAAACUGUUUGUAGAUGCUGGCGCACAUUUGGAUGUUGUGAAUGCGAGUGGCUUGACGCCAGCCCAAGUUGGUAAUGCAGCUGGCAUUAGUAAUAUAAUACUAGGCUAUCAGAACUCGUUAACCUCCUUAAAAUGUAUUGCUUCACGUUGCAUUGUACACCACAAGCUUAAAUACAAAGGUUUAAUACCCAAAGCAUUGGAAGCAUUCAUACAAAUGCAUAGUGCCGAGGAGUUUUGUGCGUAAAGAUUGUUGCAUAAACACUCUGAAUUACCGGGCUGUGUACUGCAGAGAUGUGCAGAGUUCAAAAAUAGAGUGAGAGAGAGAUAGAGAGCUAGCGGUUGAGCUGAGUUAACACUAACAACUUCCGCUCUUUGUAUAUUUAUGUAAUUUUGUAAAUUCGAAAUCGAAUAUUUAUUUUUAAUUGAAAAAAAAAACAAUGCAUUGUUGGUCACUAGUUAGCUAACAAGAUAUUAUCGUACUAUGCAACUUACGAUCCACAAAUAGGAAAAUUGAUUUGAAUAUAAUUUCAUAUAUUUAAUUUUCAUGUGAAAUACGGAAUCAACUGCAAGUCAUUGUUAAUGGUUGUUUCUUUACGAAAUAAGUUUUUAGUUUUAAAAUAAAUUUUGUUAAAAAAAUAUAUAAAUAUUUAUACAUGUGUGUGUACAUAUAAACAAAUAUAUUUGCCCCAGUGUAUCUGAAAAAACGUGGACUGAAAUUUUAAACUGUACAUACUUACUUACAUAUAUGAAUAUAUGAAUAUGUAUACUCAUUUAAUGCGAUUUAUGUUUACGAAUCAACUAAUGCAUAUUGUUAAAGGAAAAUAAUUUAAUUGAUGGAAUAAAAGAAAGAUUUAAGCAUGAUGAGGAAUAA